AUGAGUAGCAGUGAUAAUGGACACUAUAGAGAACGAAGAUACUCAAGUAGUGAAUAUAGACAAAUUCCAAGACUUCGUAGACAAUUAAAGCGUCAUCGCAAUGAUCUACGUCUUCAUAAAGAAGUAUUAUCUUUACUUAGUAGACCACCACCACCACCAGUUUCAGAAAUAUUUAAUAGUCCAGUUACUGAUUCGCCUUUCAGAAAUUUUAUGGAAAUUACUCAAGAUUUUGAAAACAAAUUUAAUGAAUUAAGUUUGGAGUUUCAAAGAAUCCAACUUAUUAGUUUUUUUGACAUGCAUAAAGAUGAGGAAUGGUUUAAGAUUAAAUAUCAUCCUGAUGAUAGAGUAAUAGAAAAACAAAAGAAAACCAUGGUACUUAAGAAACGGUUAGACGUUUUUAAAGAAUUUUUAGCAAAGGGUAAAGUUGAUUUCGUUAGCGUGGAUGCAGAGAAUCCAGAUCCUCUAGUUCAUCUACUUGAUUCUGUCAUAAUAAAACUUGAAGGAGGCACAGAUUUUGAUUUAACUGUGUUGAAUCCUAUUAAGACAUCUAAAUUUCAACAGGAGUCAGAACAUGAAAAAAAACAAACGAAUAAAAAAACAAAUGUUGGUGAAAAUUCUGAUUACGAAGUGGACUAUAGUGAAAAAUAUGUGGUUGAAAAAAAUAAAAGAUACAAAGCUAAUAAAACCGAUGAAGCAAUGGAUGUAGAUGUUCAAAAACCAGUAAUCUUUAAUAUAACAUUCAAUAACGAUCAAAACAAUGACSWASAGCCAAGAGCAUUGCACUACACAAAUUCAUUAUUUUUGCAUAAUUUACCACCUACAAUAACGAAAAGUGAACUGGAAACAAUUUGUAAACAGUUUACAGGAUUUAGAAGACUACAUAUAGAUGAUCCAACACCUCAGCACCUUUGGCAUAGACAUGGUUGGGUAGUUUAUGAUGGAUAUGUAAGGAUUAAUGACAUUUUACAGAAACUUGAACAUGUUAGAUUGGAUGGCAAUAAACUGGGCGUGACUGAUAUCAAAACGGAUCUAAAAGAUCGCAUACGAUCUGUGAAUGGAAUAACAAAUCAUUUUCAAGUUGCUCGUAAUGAUAUGAAACUAUGUGUCAGUAUUAUAAACUACUUAGAUAACCGUUCAGGUUUAUGGCAGUCAAUUGAYAGCGAGGAACCGGCUAUGGAAAACACUUAUGGUAUCGUAUCACGUAAUCCUGUACUACAUAAUAUUCUAGAUUUUAUAAUUGACGAAGCGUCGGCUGAAGAAGAAGAACUUUUAGGAGAAUGUGUUCCUUUCGAAUCCGAAGUCAAUACUGAAAAACAUAUACAACUGUUAAAGGCAUUAGAUAGGAUGUUACUUUAUUUACGUAUUGUGCAUUCAAUUGAUUUUUAUGACUGUAAAGAGUAUGCAAAUGAAGAUGACAUGCCGAGCAAAUGCCAUAUUAUGCAUGCACGUGGUGCACCUACCAGCAAUCCACCUAGCGAUCAAGAAAUCGCUGAUUAUUGUCACAAUUUCCAAACAAAAAUUAACUCUUCGAUUAUGAAGACUGAUGAACUAAGUGAAAUAGAAUUGAUUGAGCUUGGAGCUAAAGAUGAAGAAGAAGAAAUCGAAAAGUUUUUAAGUUCUAAUAUGAUAAAAUUAUCAAAUUACAAAUGGCUCUGCAAUUUGUCCGGAAGAAAAUUCAAAAGACCCGAAUUAGUGCGCAAUCAUAUUAUCGAGAAUUUUCAUGAGCAACUGAACGAUGUGAAAAAACAAGUGAAAUAUUUCAAUAAUUACCUUCGUGAUCCGAAGAGACCACAACCGCUUCCUKUGUGA